AUGUCCUCAUCAACGCCUACGGGCGUCAAUCUCAAUGAUGAUCAGCGUCCAGCGCUCCGGGCAUUGAUGAUAGUUAUGCUGAUCACGCCGAUAUUUGCUGUUAUCCUACGAUUUUGGUCCAGGGCGAUGUUACCCGGGUUUUCGAGUACGCCCGUUCGAUUUUGGUGGGAUGAUUGGACUGCUCUUCUGGCUGCGUUGCUCAACGUAGUGAUGUGUGGGAUCGGCCUAAAAUUGGCCGACCUGGGAGUAGGACAGCAUCUUCAGGCGGUCCCGGAGAAUUUCCCGCUGAUCAUGAAGCUGCUUUGGGUGGAAUACUUUAUCUUCGACACAGGCACAUCUGUCGCCAGAGCCUCCGCACUCCUAUUUUACACUCGAGUCUUCGAUCAGAUUCAAUCGCGAUUCAAAUAUGCCCUGUGGUUGGUUCAUGCUAUGAAUAUCGCCUGGAUGAUCGGCAUGCAUGUCGUUGUCGCGCUACAGUGCACUCCCACGGAGAAAAUCUGGAAUCCGCUUCUUCCAGGGCGAUGCAUCGACGUUCGUACCCUCUUUCUAGGCAGUGGGAUUCCCAGUCUCAUCAUCAAUAUCCUGAUUUUGGUUCUCCCGCUGCCUUUACUCUGGCGACUACAGAUGAAGAUCAUGAGGAAACUGCUGAUUAUGGGAGUCUUUCUCUGCGGAUACUUGGUUGUCGUGGUAUCAAUCGGGCGAUUAGUCUCAAUUGUCGAGGUUGGGAGUAAUCUUGAGAGUGACUUUACCUGGGAGUUCGUGAAACCUGUCUACUGGCUACUUUCAGAAAUCGCAAUCUCUGUCGUCAGCGUGUGCCUACCCAGCAUCUUCGUCUUUAGUCGGCGCAUAGCUCACGAAGGAUUGCGGUCAGUAAUGGGCCAAAGUUUCCCACCGCACCCGAAAUCAAGGCUCGCCGACUCGGAUAUCGGACGAUCAUAUUUUAGUCGGAUGGGCCGAGAUGAAGAAACGGAACUGGACACCAAAUCUUUUGAUCGGUCGCAAAAGUGCUCGUUUACUGCGACGGCCGCCGAAAGCACCGUCUCUGCUCACAGGGCGACACCGCUAGCCCCGUUGCCUGGGGAAAGCUUCCUUCUGCCGCCAAACAUGGGAAUUGUUGUGCGGAGUGAUAUUACGAUUUCAUAG